UUCUUGUUCUUUAAAAUCCACAACCUGUUUCAGUUCCAAAAAGCUUCUUCUGCAGCAAAGAAAAAGAAGGAGUCAUGGAUCAACAACCACAAGGUGAUAAGAAUCUGACUGUGUUCGUCGGACCCUGGGGAGGAAAUGGAGGAACUGCCUGGGAUGACGGGAUCUAUCAUGGUGUCCGUGAGAUCAGACUAGUAUAUGAUCAUUGCAUUGACUCCAUCACAGUGAUCUACGAUAAGAAUGGUAAACCUGCAAGAUCAGAGAAGCAUGGAGGUGUGGGAGGCAACAAAACAGCAGAGAUAAAGCUGCAAUACCCAGAAGAGUAUCUGAUUGGCGUGAGUGGCUACUACUGUCCAGUGGUUAACAGUGGCACCCCUGUCAUUAGAUCAAUGACAUUCAAAAGCAAUAAACAAGUUUAUGGACCUUACGGAGUUGAACAAGGAACACCCUUCACUUUCUCAGUCAAUGGAGGACGCAUUGUUGGCAUGAACGGUAGGAGCGGCUGGUACCUUGACUCCAUCGGCUUCCAUCUUUCACGUCCUAAAUCAACCAAGACGGUCGACAAGCUUCGGAAGAAGAUUCACUGGCUCACAAGGAUAGUAGCAUCAUAAAGUCUAUCGAACAGACUUAAUCAGAUACCAUAUCUGCAUAGAAUGUACUAGAUAGACUAUACGAAUAAGGAUGUUGGAUGUA